AUGUUGGGGAGGGACAUUGAGAUCAAAGCCAGAAAGAAAGUUCCUGAAGAGCCGCCACUUUUCUACAUAAGAGAAUUAACUUAUGGAGUGGAAGAGAAAAAAUCUGUGCGGCCUUCCCUCCAAUCGAGUAACGAAAUCAAGAGAAUUCAAGCAACUGGUUGGAAGGCAUAUUUAAUUGAAUAUGUGAAUAAUGCAACUCUUCAUGGGAUAAGGCAUUUGGUUGCGCCUCAGAGACACAUCUUCGAACGGAUUGGCGCAGCGGGGGUUAUCAUGAUGUCCUUGAUGGCGUUGGUUUAUCUUUCCCUUCAUUUCUGGCAGGAGUACCUCCACCACUCCACAGUGAUAGUCCUCAAUCAUGCAUUCCAUAAUUACAAAGUUGCUCAACCCGCACUUGUCAUGUGCUCGAAGAAGGGAGUCGAUGAUACGAAGUUUCCUGAAGUUUUUCAAAAAUACGGAAUUGAAGACACACCAGAGAUGAGAGAUUUUUUUACAGUAAUUUCUAGAGAGCCAUAUACAUACACCAGGUCGACUCCACAAUCUGUCAGUGUUCCCUCCACCGAGUGGCUGUCAAUUCUUCACGAUUUGAAACUUGAGAUUGAGUAUCCAAAUGUUCAGGAGGAGCCCUUGUGGGUCAUUACGAGUCAUGGAUUUUGCCACAGUUUCUACAGUUACGCUGCGCCCUAUUCGAAUUUCGAGUAUUGGAUGAAGGACAACUGGACUGUAAUUCCAGAGCCUGCGACCAUGCAAUAUUUUCAACACUUGAGCAAAACCAUGCGCUUAUCAUUUCAUGCGAAGAGUCAUGAUGUAUUCUUCAGCUUAGCUCAUCCUGGCAACAUUGUGGACUUCUCCAGAACCAUCUACGGUGCGAAAUUCCAGUGGAAAACAGAACUCGUGGUGAACUUCGAGGAAGUUGAACCCUCCAGUGAACUCAGAUCACUCUCAUUCACACAGAGGAAUUGCAAGUUCCCUGAUGAGCAUAAACUCAAGAUGUGGCCCGUCUACACAUCUGCCAUGUGCAAGAGGGAAUGCACGUACAGCAGAAUGUUUAAAUUCUGUGGGUGCCAUCACCACUUUGCAAGACCUCUCCCUGGAAUACCAACAUGUGAUCUAGCACAAUUGCGAUGUGUAGCCGAAAACCAGAAAUCCAUAUUGAAAGAUGACAUCGGAGGAGCAGCGGAAUGCGGGUGUUUACCUGACUGUCACUACGUCCGCUACACCGACGACCGAUUCACUGAAUAUAUUUUGUAA